GGAUUGGAGGCGCCACCGCGACUUACAUGCUUUCUCUGCGCUGUGGAGCCCGGUUGAUGCGCUCUUCUAUCGAUUGCACGAGCGUGUGCAUGGCCUUCUGAUACAUUGCAGCGCGCUGCGUUUUUUCCCGUUGCCCCGCUGGCCGCGCUCGUUGGGCGAGCAACCGGCGACGAGGAUUGCCGGUGAACCGUGAGAGACAACAAAGACAGAACGGAGGAAGAGAAAGACGGGCGGAGAGAGUAAGCGAUCGGCUGCGCGCCAGUUUUCCGUGAUAAGCAGAGACACAAGGGAACAAGAUGACGCCGGAAGGAUAUACACGCGUGUACGUGGGUGGUUUGAACGAGAGCAUCAAGAAGGAGGACUUGCAAAUGGAGUUUGAGAAGUACGGCAAGCUGAACAAGGUUUGGGUGGCCUUCAAUCCUCCGGGCUUCGCCUUCAUCGAAUUCUUCAACAUGAACGAGGCCGAGUUAGCAUGCUGCAACAUGAACGGCAUGGAGAUUAUGGGUGCAAAAUUAAGAGUGGAGAUUUCACGAGGUAGAGGUCGUGGUGGCGGCAGCAGAGGCAGUACGGGUAGUUUCCGCGGUGGUCGUGGGGUCGGUGGUAGGGAUUUUGGAUCUCGAGGCGCUAGUAGCGUGGGUUACAGAGGAGGCAAUACUUACGGCGAUUACGGAGGCAGCUAUUAUGCAGGCAGGGGUGGCGCAAGUAGGGGCAGAGGUCGUUACGGAGAAGACUAUAUGUACAAUCGCAGCGGCGGGUAUGUUACACGAGAUGGAUAUACUCAGGAUGUCUACGGUGGUAGCGGCGGAGACACCAGCGCCGAUUACUAUACCGGGAAGGAUACGAGCACAGCGAGGUAUCGAAGCCGCUCACCGGCUGGCCGUGGCAGUCAUCGUCAUCUACGUGAAUGCACAUAAAAGAACUACGCUGCGUUGCCAAUCUGAACUGCGGGCCGAUCAGCCACCCGCCUCGACGACUUCAUUUCUGUCCAAUCUACACAGCGACCUGUAUAUAGACAAGAACUAUCAUUGCGGUUUAUGCUGUGCAUUACUUUUCCUUGCAUUGUUGACCACUUACACACAAGUACACACAAUCUGUGGUCGCAGCUGUGGGGAAGACUAUGAUUCUGUACGAUAUAACUCAGACUCAGAAGAAAACGACAGACUCGGAAAAAGAAAAACGAAAGUUCCCUUUAAAAAAAAAAUGCUCUUCCGUUUACAAAACGAGAGAGACAGAUAUAUAUAUAUAUAUAUAGAAAGAGAGAAAGAGAGAGAGAGAAACAGAGGAAAAGAGUGAAAACGAGAAGAGAGAGAAAAAGAGAAAAAAAAGUGAGAGAAAGAGAACGAAAACGAGGCGCAGUGAAAUAUCGAAUCGCGGACUCGCGAACGGUUGAAAAAUGUCCGACAAAGUAAAGAUUAAAUAUAGGGUUAUAGUAUGUAGGGGUUGUAUAUCUUCAUUUCCCAAUCUAUUUUUAACUAAAAGCGCACUGACUUAGAUCAUUGUUUUUACUCCGAGACUCUUAUUUCUCCGGUGUUCUUCUUUCUUUUCCACGGUUUUAUACCAUGGCUGGAAUUCUUUUUGUGCUUUACGGUUAUAUAACGCCUGUGAUUAUUUUAAUAACGUGCACCAGGUGUCACGUAUGCCUUAACGUCGCACAUCCAAGGAUCCCAGACAGCGCCAACUGCCGAGAGACUUGAAGACGUUCGAAAGGUGUUUGGAAAAAAAAAAAGAAAAAGUACAAGACCCUUUUGGACGUCUUCGAGAUAUUGUGUGUGGAAGUUUGUGCUGACUCUGAGACACGUGUUCCGGGUUCAUGCUCAAUCCGGCGAUGCUCAAUCUGGCGCUCAAUGCAUUCGCGCUUACGCGCCAGAUCGAGCGUCGACGAAAACUUCCAUAGACUUGUGUACAUAUAGACUGCGCUUUCUCACGAGAGAGAUAUAUUUGAAGACACGAUAUAGAGGAUAGCUGUAUUCCCCUUCCACUGUCCACAGGUAUACCACCUUCGUCUAGCUUUCUCUUUGGGGUGAAGAUAGACAAGGAUGGAGUACCUGUGGCACAGGUCAUCCUUUCCAAAAGCGAGAUGUGUGUUUCUGCCGCUGUACUAAUGUACGCUUUUUCGCAACUUAAAAAGAGACAGAUAAACAGAUGAGAUGAUUGUGUUUGAGGGAAAAAAAAAACGAUAAAGGAGAAGGGGACUAGCGCAGGGUAGUGCAGCCAGUUCGGCUGAAUAGAAAACAAAGCCGCAGUCCUCGCAGCCUCUUGUAGAGCGCACUCAGUCUGUGUAUAUGCGAGUCGAUGGGAAAAGCGUGACUGAAUUUUAAGGCGUACAUGACGCACACUGUAUGACUAUCAUAUGAUACUCUGCUCCAUAAUUGUACGAUUAUCUCGACGUUCGUUGUGAACGUGUGGCGAACGAAAGGCGCAGCUCAGCUGAGAAUGAUGCAACAAAAGCUUCUUACUGCGAUACUUACUGCGAUAAGUUUCGAGACACCAGUUAGAUACGUACGGCGGUCCCGCGGCAUAAAUAAUCUUUUAUCGCGUAUCUAGGUAGAGUUAAACGAAAAAAAAAAAAAAAAAGAAAAAAACGUGUGUGCUCGCUUAUUAUUCUAUGAAUAGUAACGAUUUUAUAUGGAAUUUCGGUGGGAAGAUUAUACAGGAGAUCGCGCGCGCGUGUGACUUUAGCCAAAUGCAAACUGCUGCUCGUAUAUGGAAGAAUCGAAUCCUUUUUUUCCUGUCGGACAAUACGCGUGAGCGAGUGAUGAAAAAAACAGACCGCAAGGCGGUUUCCGCCCCGGCGCAAAAUCUGUCGUCGUUCGGCGAGGUCGAAGUUCUCAGGAAACCCCUCCCCCGUUGAAGAAAACGAGAGAUAAAAAAGCCAAAAGCCCGAAACCGACGCAUCUGUAAUGCGACGUAUUUCUUCCGUACAUUUUCUCCCUCAUCGGAUCGUUUUUCUCGAGUGAAGUAUAUGUGCAGAAACACAGUGCUGCAUUUGGACGAAAGAGAGGACACGCUUCCGAGAGCGUCCGCACUCUUGUUAUACUGCGGCCGCUCGUAAAUAAGAAAGUGAUCAAAUAAAACGGUAAUGAUGUGUAUUACCUCCACUGUAAAAGAUAUGGAAUUGGAAAUUGAGAUAUUAAAUGAUUUGCGCUCA